UUGUGCGUUACGUUCGGGGGCCUAAUAGCCCGCUUUCCGCGUGGGAGCCAAUAAUAGAGCUCGAAAACGAGAACCAAUCUGUGUCUCCGUUCGAUUCUCAUCUGAAGAGGAAAACCGGAAGCUUUCCCGAAAGAGCUUUCUUGGUUUUCCGACAAUGGCCUCUGGCCAAUUCCUCACCCCUAUCUUCGUCUUCCUUCUCUGCCUUGUAUCCACCACAGCUUCGCCAUCAGUCAUCCAAAUCUCGCGGGAGAACACCGUCUCCGGAUACAGCAAUCUCCGGAUAGACGACGAUCUUUACUGCGAAAGCUGGAGGUUUUCCGUAGAGACCAACGACGCCGGCUACUGGUCCACUAUUCCGGCAAGAUGCUUGCAGUUCGUAGAGGAUUACAUGACCAGCGAGCGGUACCUGUACGACUCGGAGUUUGUGGCACGGGACUCUUUGGCAUUUGCGAAGACGGUGGAGAUGGCCGGUGACGGGAGGGACUCGUGGAUCUUCGAUAUCGAUGAGACUCUGCUCUCGAACCUGCCGUACUACGAGGCCCACGGGUUCGGAUCAGAGUCCUUUGAUGAGAGCUCUUUUGACUCCUGGGUGGAUUUGGCAGAGGCUCCAGCUUUACCAGCAAGUUUGAGUCUUUACAAAGACCUCAAACAGCUGGGGUUUACAUUAUUUCUGUUAACUGGACGGGGUGAAUACCAGAGGAAUGUCACAGAGAAAAAUCUUCUAUAUGCGGAGUUCACCGGCUGGGAACGGCUUAUCCUGAGGGGGCCUUCCGAUCAGGGCAAACCUGCAAUAGUCUAUAAAUCAGAGAAGAGAACGGAGUUGCAAGAUGAAGGUUAUAGGAUUCAUGGAAGUAGUGGUGACCAGUGGAGUGACCUGUUGGGAUUUGCCAUAGCUAGACGGUCCUUUAAACUUCCAAAUCCAAUGUAUUAUAUUGCUUGAUUAAGGUACGAACAUCGGGCAAUUGUACAAAACCAUGAUCUUCGUGUUGUUGUUGUAACCCAUUUCCUUGUACAUUCAAGGGCGGGGACUGGCCCUGGCCGGUAUAAGGAUGGCCUAACUCCAUCCAAAACCCUCUUAUGAACUUACUAUUCGUCUUGCUAAGAAUUAAGAUGGAUGUUGAAUUUACUAA